AAUGCUAUUAAGUCAUUUAACCCGGAAUUUGCGUUUCAAUUCUGGAGCGACAUGGUGUAGAAAAUUUUCAAGAACUGUCUUAGCAUUAAAUGAUACAAAAAAUGUUAGCAAGUAUGCUAUGUUUUUUGAUAAAAGAGUGCAGCAUAUAUUGACUGACAUUACUGGUAGAGAUGAAGAAAAAAUAUAUCGUCCAAGAUACAGGGACACUGCAAAACCAACUUAUCGUUUAGUAACUGAUAAAGAAUUAGAAAAACUUAAAAGCGAUGCUGAAGAAAAAAUUCAAAAAACUCUUCAAAUCCCUCCAGUUCUUGAUGAAAAACCGGAUGUUAAUGUAAUUCUUUCCAAAGACGAAGCCCUGGCAGAGCAUGAUCAAUUUAAUUAUGUUUUUACUGAUAUCAGUUACAAUAUACCUCACGAGAAAAGAACUGUUACUGUCCGGGAAAAAGAUGGAACAUUGAGACUAGCCACAAAUGAUGAACACAAAAGAAUGAUACAAGUGUAUUUUCCAGGGGAAGGCAGAAAGCACUAUAUGCCUAAUAUGUUUACAGAAAAACAUCUUGAGCGAUUAUUAGAAGAAGGCGAAUACGAAUACAUUCUUGAUAGAGCUUGUGUUCAAUUUGAUCCUGAUGAAACGGAUUACAUUCGAGUCACUAGAAGAGUUUACGAAUAUAUAGCAGACAGGUCGGACUUUAUGAAGUUGUAUUCAACGAGGCAUUUUGGUGCUGCCGCCUUUUUUUUAACAGUGCAAAAGAAUAUUGAUUCUUUUAUUGCUGUAUUAAUUAACUCUAAUUUGUUACAUUCUGCAAAAUCUCUAAUUGAUGUCUAUUAUAUGGUACAUAAUCAAGAACAAGGCUUACCAAAAGAAUGGUCAAAUUUAUCUGACGAAGAAGCCAUAAUGAUGUUUGCAAAACAAGAAGCAAAGGAUGGAUCUAGAAUAGAAUUAGCUUUACAAGUCUAUAAAGAAAACGUUGAACGAGAAAUGUCAAGUUAA